CUCUCCUCUUUGAUCAGAUUUCCGUUCUUUGUUUUGCUCAUCCCGCUAGGUUGGGUUUUCGAGCUAGCUAGGCGCGACAUGGUGACGAUCGUACGCGACAUUAUGGGAAUCGCAGGCAAUGCCGUCUCCCUCGGUUUGUUCCUCUCCCGUGUGCCGACGUUCAAGAACAUAAUAAAGAAAAAGGCGGUGGAGCAGUACCUCCCGAUCCCCGAGCUCACGAUACUCUUCAAGUGCAUGCUCUGGGUGUUGUAUGGCCUUCCCAUCGUCCACCCCAACAGCUGCCUCGUGCUUACCAGCAACGCCAUCGGUCUCUUCCUCCAGGCUGUCUACCUCACCAUCUUCUUGAUUUAUGCUGCCCGCGAAAUCCGCCUGAAGGUGCUGAAGGUUUUGGCAGCAGAGUUGGUGGUCAUGACGAUGCUGGUAGUGGUGGUGCUACAGGUAGCACACACGCAUGAGAAGAGGUCGCUCAUCGUGGGGAUCCCCUGUGUCAUCUUUGGCUCGUGCAUGUAUGCGGCGCCGCUUGCAUUUCUGCAAAUGCUGGCGACCGGACGUGACCCGCACGUAUCCUUCGCUCUGUAUGCUACCUGCUGCCUUAAUGACUUUUUAUGGAUGAGAUACGCCUGCAUGCCGCCUCUCGACUUCUACGUCCUCAUUACCAGUUAUUUUGGUGCUGUUCUCAGCCUGGUACCACCGCAACUGUGGACUUGGUGCCUCAUGGUUUUUUGCACGUACGACAUGACAACUCUGAGUGAAGAUCACAGAUCCUCACCGCGGCUUCUACCAUAAAUACAAGUGAAAGUUCUUGGGACCCUUAUGCAGAUACGACAUACGUUCGAAGUACUUGCUCGUAGAAUACCUUCGAUUUUGUAGAGAAGGGCAAUCACGUAGGUUUCUGUUAGGAUCAAACAAGAUCAACCUCGCUUUGUAGCAUAUACGUCUGACCCUUACAAAAGAGUCUAGUAAUGGAAGCCGGGGAUGUGGAGAUCAUUUUUCCACAACCAGUUAACAUCGUCUUAACAUCCCCAGGGAUCACUUUCGUCCAAAUAAUAAGAUUUCAAGCAACACCAGAACCAAGGUGGUCAUAUGAUUUUUCCCUCUCCUCUCCUCCCCUUCCCUAUCCGUUCCAGUAAACAGUACGAACAGAAUUUGCACCUGAUUCCCGGAAAGAGAGGUCACGUGAAUGUGAACACCACCAAGUUUUCAAGGCCGAGUCAUCCUGUCCCAUGUGCUCUUGUUUCGAUAAAGUUAGCUCUACGUUCAACGCUUCAAAUUAGUUCUACGCUAGCAGAAUCUUCUGGUUUUGAACCGAUCAAUCACUACGUAUUCAAAAGGAAACAUUUGACGGGAGAAA